AUGUCUGGUGAUGAAGAACCCCCUCCAGAAGUCCAUCAUUACGAGGAUCGUGGUCAGGUGCCUUGGGACAUUCAGAAUUACUGGUCCCAGCGUUACGACCUAUUCUCCAAGUAUGACGAUGGUGUUUGGUUGACUGAUGAUGCGUGGUUCGGCGUUACUCCUGAGCCGGUGGCUACAAAGAUCGCCGAUCAAAUAGCCAGUUCUGCACCCCCGGAUCGAAAGGUCCUAGUAGAUGCUUUCGCUGGUGCUGGGGGAAAUACCAUCGCGUUCGCGCGGUCCGGCCAUUGGAAACGAGUCUAUGCCAUUGAGAAAGACCUUGCGGUGUUGCGAUGCGCCCAACACAAUGCGAAGGUCUACGGCGUCGCGGAUAAAAUUACCUGGUUUCAAGGUGACUGCUUUGAGAUCAUCAAGUCGCAGUUGAAGGACUUGGCACCAUAUAGCGUGCUCUUUGCGAGUCCGCCUUGGGGAGGACCUGGAUAUCGAUCAGCCUCCGUAUUCGACCUUCGGACAAUGGAGCCUUAUUCGGUGAACACACUCUAUACGGAAUUCUCUCUCUUCACACCCUAUGUUAUACUUUACCUGCCACGAACGUCAGAUCUGAAUCAGUUGGCCGGGAUGAUUAAAGAUAAUUCGCCUGCUCCUGUAAUGCACUAUUGUAUGAGGGGGGCAAGUAAAGCGUUGUGUAUUUUCUAUGGAGGCUUUCAACUUUUCUAA